UCUGGUUACUUUUUUUUCUUCUUUUAUUUAAUAUGGCGGAAGCAUUGACCGCCGACGGGACGUCUGAUUUUUUCAUUAUUCAGUUACGAAUCGCUUUAUCUCAAUAAUUUCGCGUGUAUGUGAUACAAAAGUGAACAUUAGAAGCUUGUGUGUUAUUUAUCAACGGAUAAUUAUUUUAACAGUGCGCUGAAAAAGCUGGUUCUUCUAUAAAAAUGUCUAAACGGGCAGCAUAUGGGGAUGAUGAGGACAAUCCACCCACACCGUCUGAUGACUCGGAUUUUGAUGAUGAUGAAGACCCAGAUAACUUGGAAGUCCCAGGUGGCGGCAAAACACUGGCAGCCGCAGCUCAGCUGGGGAACAAGCCCAAAGGCUCAGCGGCACCGAUGCCGGUCACAGUCAGAGCUACUACAAAUCCGUUAGCUGCCGCAUCAGGAGUAGCGUUCGGUCAGGUGGCCAACCAGGUGAAGCCGAUCAAGAUAUCCGCCAGUUCCUUGUCCAAACCUAUCAACCUCGGCGCACUUCCUCGCGGUGGUGCUGCCGCGCCGUCGCCCUUCGCGGCGGGCUCGUCGGCCGCGUACAGCGCCGCCUCGCUGCUCGCGCAGAUGGAAAUGGCGGGUAUCCCGGGCAUGAACUCCUACCUGCUUCAGAACCUGAAUCAGAUAUUAGCGUCGGGCAUGGGAGGGCCUUUGGCAGGCAUGCUUGGACAGUUUGCACAACUCACAACACCAAAUUGGGGGCCUAAGGCAGGUCUCUUUCCACAAGACAAGAUGCAUGGUGACGAAGAAGAAGUGGAUGAUGAAGAAAUGGGCGUGGCAGAGACGUACGCCGACUACAUGCCUACUAAACUGAAACUCGGACGCAAGCACCCCGACCCUGUCGUAGAGACGGCCUCGCUCUCCUCCGUGGAGCCUAUCGACGUGCACUACAGCCUCAGCUUACCAGACGAGACGAUACGGAACGGCCUACUGUCGGCGCUGCAGUUGGAAGCUGUCGUGUACACAGCGCAAGCACACGAACACACGCUGCCGGACGGCACGAGGGCCGGAUUCCUUAUAGGUGACGGCGCUGGUGUGGGCAAAGGCCGAACCAUCGCGGGCAUAAUCUUCGAGAACUACCUGAAGGGCCGCAAGCGCGCCAUCUGGGUGUCCGUCUCCAACGACUUGAAAUACGACGCGGAGAGAGACCUGAGGGAUAUUGGGGCGGGGAAGAUUGAAGUUCACCCUCUAAAUAAGUUCAAAUACGCAAAGAUCUCAUCGGCGGUGAACGGGAACGUGAAGAAAGGCGUGGUAUUCUGUACAUACUCGGCGCUGAUCGGCGAGACGCAGUCGAACACCACCAAGUACAGGACGAGGCUCAAGCAGCUGCUGCAGUGGUGCGGGGAGGACUUCGACGGAUGCAUCGUAUUCGACGAAUGCCACAAAGCGAAGAACCUCUGCCCCGUCGGCUCAGGCAAGGCCACAAAGACCGGCCUUACCGCCCUAGAGCUACAAAACAAACUACCUAAAGCUCGCGUAGUGUACGCUUCGGCCACAGGAGCGUCUGAACCGAGGAACAUGGCGUAUAUGGUGCGGCUUGGUAUAUGGGGAGAGGGAACACCCUUCCCUACGUUUAUGGACUUUAUCAAUGCAGUUGAAAAGAGAGGUGUCGGCGCCAUGGAGAUUGUAGCCAUGGAUAUGAAACUCCGAGGCAUGUACAUCGCCCGGCAGCUCUCCUUCCACGGCGUCUCGUUCAAGAUAGAGGAAGUGCCGCUAUCAGACGCGUUUCGUGAGACUUACGACAAAUCUGUGGCGUUGUGGGUGGAAGCCAUGCAGCGGUUCACAGAGGCGGCGGAGCUGAUCGACGCGGAAGCGCGCAUGAAGAAGACUAUGUGGGGGCAGUUCUGGUCGGCGCAUCAGAGGUUCUUCAAGUACCUCUGUAUCGCCGCUAAGGUGCAUCACGCGGUAGUAACAGCGCGAGAAGCGGUGAAAUGCGGGAAAUGUGUCGUAAUCGGCUUGCAGAGCACGGGCGAGGCUCGAACCCUGGACCAGCUGGAGCGAGACGACGGAGAGCUCAGCGACUUCGUCUCCACCGCCAAGGGCGUGUUCCAAUCUCUGGUGGAGAAGCACUUCCCCGCACCGGACCGCGAGCGCAUCAAUCGGCUUUUAGGCCUCGAGGGGCCUAAGAAGGCUCUUCCAGCGCCCACACCCAACGGCCGUGCCCCUACUGUAAUAUCAUUGACGGGGGAGUCCAGUAAGAGGAAAUUAACAUCACGACAACAAGCCAACAUAGCUGCAAAGCGAGCUCGCGGCGGUUCGUCUUCGGACGAGUUCAUCCGUGGCUCCGAUGACGAAGCAGAAGCGGAGUCGGGUGACGAACGCAGGCGAUCCGACUCAGAGAGCGACUCGAAUCCGUUCCGCGCCGGUUCCGGCACGGACUCCGACACCGAACCCUGGAUGAGAAAGAAGAAGCCCCUCAAGAAGAAGAAAGCGGCGUCCCCCAAAAAGAAGCCGUCCACCACACAGGACAAGAUCGAGAAUAUGUUCUCCAGGAAGACCACUAUUACCGCGCCGACGGUCACCGUCGCGGCGCCCGGCGGGAUGCUCACAGGGACGCCCGUCGGAACCAAUGGACUCUAUUUAGGUCCAGCACGCAACAACCAGCCGCCGCCGCGCUCGGCCAUCGAGCGCGCGUGCAGCAUGAAGGAGGAGCUGCUGGCCGCCGUCGAGCGGCUCGCCAAGCGCCUGCCGCCCAACACGCUCGACCAGCUCGUCGACGAGCUCGGCGGCACAGAGAACGUGGCCGAGAUGACAGGCCGCAAAGGGCGCGUCGUACAGACGGAAGACGGUCAGAUCCUCUACGAGAGCAGAUCCGAAGCCGACGUGCCCCUCGAAACUCUCAAUCUAACGGAGAAGCAGCGAUUCAUGGACGGCGAGAAGGAUGUAGCUAUCAUUUCUGAAGCGGCGUCUAGUGGUAUCUCACUACAGAGUGAUAGGAGGGCGCGGAACCAAAGGCGGCGCGUGCACAUCACCCUGGAACUACCGUGGUCGGCCGACAGGGCUAUUCAACAGUUCGGUCGCACACAUCGAUCCAACCAAGUGAACGCCCCGGAAUACAUCUUCCUAAUCUCUGACCUGGCCGGCGAGCGGCGCUUCGCCUCCACCGUCGCCAAGCGGCUCGAGUCCCUCGGCGCCUUGACACACGGCGACAGGAGGGCCACCGAGACCAGGGACCUCAGCCAGUUCAACAUCGACAACAAAUACGGUCGGACGGCACUUGAAGCUGUGAUGAAAGCCAUCAUGAAGUACGAAACGCCGCUAGUGCCCCCGCCGAGAGAUUACAAUGGAGAUUUCUUCCAGGAUAUCGCCAGCGCGUUAGUCGGAGUGGGAUUAAUAACAAACAGCGAAUCGGCGCCCGGGGUGCUCACGCUUGACAAGGACUACAACAACAUGUCGAAGUUCCUCAACAGGAUAUUGGGCAUGCCGGUGGAACUGCAGAACCGGCUCUUCAAAUACUUCACGGACACGCUCAACGCUGUCAUGGAGCAAGCGAAACGCAGCGGGAGGUUCGACCUCGGCAUCCUGGACUUGGGAAGCGCCGGCGAGUGCGUGCGGCGCGUGCGCUGCGUGCGCUUCCUGCGGCGGCACGCCACCGGCACCGCGCCUGUCGAACUACACACCGUGCAUUCUGAGCGCGGCAUGGACUGGACGGAGGCGCUUGAAAAGCACUCACAACACGACGGGCCUAAAGAAGGCUUUUAUCUAUCGGUAGCGCAACGUAACGGCAAAUAUACCGCCGUGUUAUGUAUCGCCGUAGGGAACCAGCACGCGAGAACACAGACCAAGCUCAGCAAGAAGGAGCAGAUGUAUCAGAUAUACAGGCCUAACACCGGUCUCCAGCUACGCCUGGAAUCCCUCGCGGAGAUCGAGAAGAAAUACAAGCGGGUAGCGGCCGAGGACGCCGAGACGUCGUGGCGGGCCCAGCACGCGGCGUCGCUGCGGGUGUGCAGCCACGCCUACUGGCGCGCCUCCUGCAGGAACGCGGCUAGCUGUGAGGUGGGUCUGCGGCGGCGCACGUACCACGUGCUGUCGGGCUCCGUGCUGGCGGUGUGGGCGCGCGUGGAGGCGGUGCUGGCGCAGCGCAGCCAGCUCAACAAGAUGCAGGUCGUGCGCAUCAAGACCGACCAGGGACUCAAGAUUGUCGGCACGGUGAUCCCAAAGAACUGCGUGGACCCGCUGAAGGAGACGCUCUCGUCGGACGCCGUGAACGUGUCGGAGCAGGCGUUCGAGCAGACCGACCUCAAGUGAGGACGCGGAGUCCGCAGCGCGAGGGCUGGAGGGUGAACAUGCACUUGUCAUUCAUGUACCACUGUUCAACUGGACAUAUGUUGUUGUACUAUUGUUAACAACAACAACAAUUAGGCUAUAAACGUCCCACUGCUGGGCACAGGCCUCCUCUCAAGCACUUGGGGACUUCACAUACACCUUUGAAUUUGUCCCACCAUUUUGAACCAGAUAUGAACCACUGUUAAAUUGAUCACUAAUUCCCUGUACCACACACACUCAAAUUGUUGUCGUCAUACACAGUACCUACUGUUAAACUGGUCAUAUACGAUGUGGUACCAUUGUUAAUUGGUAAUUUACGAUGUGGUACCAUUGUUAAACUAGUCAUUUACGAUGUGGUACCAUUGUUAAACUGGUUAUAUUAUAACCAACAGUUUUAGACUUAUAUAGAUUGAGGAGCACCACUGUUUCACUGAUCAUGUAUGUGUACUGUGAAAAUUGUCAAUUUUAAAAUUUGCUCUGGAUAUAGAUCGAGGAAUAAUACUAAUCUGACAAUACAGCGAUGGCGCUAAAAAAAAGCGCAUACCUACAUUACAUAAUUUAAAUAUCUCAUUUCGCCCCAUGGGUCUGAUGGAAAUGUUUGGCGAAUUAAAAUUAAAUGCCUCUUUAAUAUUCCAACUCAGUAUACUACCCGCAACUAGUUACUACUUAUAUGUAAAGGAAAUAUAUACUUUAUAUCCUACAGUCCUAUCCUCCUAAGGCCCAAGGUGCAUUUGCUUUGUUUUGUUAAAUUAUUAAACAAAACAAAAUCAACUCUAUUCCCUACACUGUAGGUUCAAAUUUCAGUAACAAGAUUUGGAGUUUUCAUUUGUAUAGCUGGGCUUUAGGAUGUUAUUAUACUUAUUAUAUUCAUAUACCAAUAGCAACACUUGACUGACCAUCAGUGGGACCGGCUUAGCAAAAAGGCUCACAAUUAACAACAAUGUAGUUAAGGUUGUAACAGGUUAAAAUGUGACGCUCUCAAGCAAAAGGUACCACAUUGCCGCUUGCCUUAAGGACGCUCUGACAGGUUAUUCGUAUAAAGAUACGACCAAAUUUCAUCCUUAUAUUAAGCGACAAUGUGAUACUUUUCGCUUGAGAUACAUUAUUACCAUACAUCGGGGUUAUCGGUGCGGGAAUGUUUUACACUAGCCAAGUAACACGUAAAAACUGUAAAAAACGAUACUAAUUUAACAUUUCUAAGCUCAUUUGGACCUUACUACCUACGUUUAAUUCAUAGUUUGGUAAUUAUUUUACAAUAAACAAAGUUAUAAAUACACGAAAUCAUUCCCGCACCGAAAACCCCGAUGUAUGAUUAUGACAGAAUCAUUCCCCAGACCUCGCUGGGUUCGGGACCAUGGUCAUCAUGGGCCAUGGUCGGAUGUGAUAGGCCGUGCCGUCGGCUUCGGCUCUGGUAGUCAAUUAUGGAUUCUUUGGAUCGUUUCUCAUUCAGCAUCCCGUUGUGUUCAAAUUAUGGAAACACUUGACUUUAUAUGCCAAGGCUUAUCAAGGUCCAGAGAUAGGGUACAGUGCGACAUAAAAUAGUAGAAAUUAAAUAGAAUGGAACUAAACAUAUUGCAUUACAUAAAUAAACAACCGCGAUACCGAAAUUGAAUACCGGUUAAUUUGUAUGAAAUAUAUACCGGUAUUCGGUCCCUGGUUUUAAGCAAAUUUAAAGCUUAUUAAUCAUAAGUUUAAUCAUACCUUGCAUACGACUUAUAAUUUAUUAAGUACCUAAGAAAAUCCGUGUUUGGAGUGAGCACUCUAAACUUAUUUCUCGAUCCCUACUUCAGCAACGUCUGAAAUAGAAAAGUUUAUUGCGAAUAUCAAACAUUAUAAUUUCUCAAAUAAAAUAUUCUUAGAUUUGAGAGUGCCAGUAUAAAGAUAAAUGCAAUUAUAUUCCACAGAUAUGAAAACAGUCUUCUAACAAAAUGUCAAUAAUUGUGUGCUUUUACCCUACUCAGGAAGAUAUUACAGAUGUAGUGCAUAAUUGUUUUCCAUCGUAUUUUCACGGAAACGUACGAACGUGUCUUGCUAUUUCAGUCAGUCUCGGUACAAGAAGUACUGAGGUCGACUGAAGUAGCAUGACAAAUACGAACGUUUCCGAGAAAAUACGAUGGAAAACAAUUAUUAUGCUGUACAUCUGUACAGAUUUGUAUAACUUUUAUACAGGGUGACAUUGACAAGGAAAAUUUGGCAAAUAUGGUCAAGUGUGUCCUCAGUCGGUCUAGCAUGAGUUGCGUUCUGGCGCGCGACAACGCAAGUUAUGCUAGACCGCCAGAGGUCCUUUCCAGGUCCUAAAGCGUUUCCGCUAUCGAAGCCAAAAUACGCUUUUCGAUUACUAUCUACUCGCGACUUUUGGGAUUACAGUUAUGCCUAUUAAUAAAGCUGUUAUGUUAUUUUAGUAUGAGUAAUUCUCACUCAUACUAAAAUAUUUGUUACGUUCUACGAGUAAAGGUACCUUAUGGCGGUCGGCGCUUACGCUGUUAUUAACGACGCUACAAUACUAAUGCGGUGCUACGCGACGUAAGCGCCCACCGCCAUAAGGUACCUUUACCCGUGGAAUGUCACAUUUGUGUAGAAAAGAGACAAAACGUAUAUUGGCACGAGAAUGGUCCUAAAUUGUCAAUAUUUUAAUACAUUUUCGGCGUUAACUCAACACGUGACAAUCGCUUUAUUCCUAGGCUGACCAAUAUACCCAAUUUUGAUUAAUCAAUUUCAGAUUUGAUAGAAACAUGAUAUUAUUUAUGUAGCCGCCGAUCGGCGUUAGUACCUAUAGUUAUAUUUAUAAAUUACUUACUAAACCCUGUUCAUUGUACCUUAUUUCCAAGUAUUAGGGUCCGUUUUCCAACGGCCACGGUGGGCAGGGUGUAGUCGCGGUAACUGGCAUUCAGUUUCCUAUAAUAUAAUUAAUUGUUAGUGUAUGUCAUGCGUAUGCAUCGAUUAUUAGUUUUAUAUAAUUUUAAUUAUUUAUAGAUUUGUAAUGGCGCGUCCAUAUCGGCGUAGAAAAACGAUGUUCGACUUAAAGGACGAUAAGCGAGUAGAAUUUCAUAUAUUGACCCGACUGUUCCUAUCUCUAUCUCACGCGCAUAAUAAGGUAUUAUACUGUAUUUAAAAUAAAUUAUAUUACACCAUACAUGAAAUAAAGCACCAGAUAAUUAUUAGAAAAACACAGAUAGGAGUUAUUUUUAAACACAAGUUCCAUUUAAUAAAUCCGAUAGAAAUAUAAAAAGUAGGUGAGUUGACCGUGACGUCACGUAGUAAUGUUUCAUAUAAAUUCCAUAUUAGCAAAUCGUUUUGACAGUUCUAAAAAAGUAACUGAUUUGACUAGUAGGAAAAUACCCUAUUAUAGUCCCGUCGAUGAAACGGUCAAUGACACGUACGUUUGUACAAGCGGAACCGCAAUAUAAUUAUGCGCGUGCACGAGAGAGAUAGGAAAUGUUAAAUUCUUCGUGCGUCCUUACUUCAGUUGCCAAAACAGUUUUUUUAUUUUAUUUGUGUGGAAUAAAUUUUGUUCGGUUUUAAUAUGCCGGUGUGGACGCACCAAUAGACAUCAAAUUGAUGUGUAGGGUUUUUUGACAAUUUUAUAUAGGACCUAACAAAUUGUGACGCCAAGUAGUAGAGUUCCACCGGCGGCGUCUGUAAGAACUGAAAUCUAUGUUUAAUUUGUACAAAAUGUAGCGAGUUAUUGUUUUAAUGAUAUUUUUAAUCUAAUAUUUGAUUAAAGUAUUCUGGUAAUCAACACAAGAGUAAUUCGACAGUAACUGGCUGCCCUAAACUAAAAAACCGGGCAAGUGCGAGACGGACUCGCGCACGAAGGGUUCCGUACCAUAAUGCAAAAAAAAAAAAACAAAAAAAAAAAGCAAAAAAAAACGGUCACCCAUCCAAGUACUGACCACUCCCGACGUUGCUUAACUUUGGUCAAAAAUCACGUUUGUUGUAUGGGAGCCCCAUUUAAAUCUUUAUUUUAUUCUGUUUUUAGUAUUUGUUGUUAUAGCGGCAACAGAAAUACAUCAUCUGUGAAAAUUUCAACUGUCUAGCUAUCACGGUUCGUGAAAUACAGCCUGGUGACAGACGGACGGACGGACGGACGGACGGACGGACGGACAGCGAAGUCUUAGUAAUAGGGUCCCGUUUUACCCUUUGGGUACGGAACCCUAAAAAUGAAUUCUAUUCACCUAUAAACAGAAUUCAUUUUAGUAUAACGUUUCAAUAACUGGCCACCGUAUACUAAAAUGAAUUCUAUUUAUAGGUGAAUAGAAUUAAUUUUUGGUUUGGGGUGGCCAGUUACUAAAGUGGCCAGUUACUGGCGAAUUACCACUCCAAUCAACGCGAUUUUUUACUGACAAUGUUCCAUUAUCCUAAUAAUUUACCAAUAUACAUUGAUUGUCUGGAUAUCUAGUUCCAGCUCUGGCUAACACUGGUUAAAUCUAGUCUUUUUAAAUUGAUUAUUAGAAUACUUCCGAGAACAUACAAUAGUGCUUAUUUCCGUUUCGGUUUCUAAAUUAGACCUUAUGUAUAAAACUUUAAAGUCUAUAUUAAAAGUAGCCUAAAAGAAAUAAGCUCCUAUUAGUAUUUUUAAAUGAAUUGUUUCCUUAUUGUUUAAUUGUAUUAUUUGGACGCGGCAUAUAGCCUAUAACUACGUAAAUUGUAUAGAAUACAUUAUAUAUAGCGCGUGCAAUACGAAAAUGAACUCUAUUGAGCGGUGAUAAGGUAGGUAUCCCAUCGGCGUGGACUUAAUGAGAAGUAUAUUUUGUAUUUAGAUUAGUGACAUACGAGUUGGCUUAGGGCCAAUUAUAUAAAAAUUAUAUUCGAAAUACACGUAUUUCUAUUAAGUUUUAACAUGUCCUUUACGAUUUAAACUUGAUGAAAUGUCUUGGUCCCUCUUCCUUGAGAAUGACACAUCCAAAAGGUGCAUCCACACUGCAGUUAACUUUUGUGUUGCAACACUGUGCAACAGUAGGUAACAGGUCAAUUCACAAGAGCUGGCACGAAUGGAAUGAAUGAGUGAAUGAAAAUAGAGUAUGCGCGGAAAGAGUGAGUCGUAGGUAUUGGUUCCCAUACAUUCCACGACUUCUCUUUCCGCACAGACUCUAUUUGUGUGUAUCACAUUAACUAAUUAAAUGGUGGCUCUGACUAUACCGAUACAGGUGUCACUCAUACAAUGAAGGUUUUGUUCAUUGUUUUCGUGCCAGGUUUUGUGAAUCAACCUUGUAAUAAGUUACCUAAUAAAUAAAAUAUACGUUUAUUACCAGAACACAAAAACAGUACAGUAAUGGAAGGAACAGAAACAAUAUGGUAACUUAAACUAAUGUUAUCCAUUGACGUAUAUCUCAGGACCGGCCCGUAUGGGCACUAAAAAACCGGGCAAUUCAACUAAAUACGACCAUUCGCGCGCAUGAUGUGAACUCAUUAACCAAUCGCCUAGUAGUGGUGUCACACCGCUGUACUGGCCCCAUUCAUGCCCCAUUCUUAUUCCUCGGUAAGACCAGUCCUGAGAUAUACGUCAGUGAUGUUACCGUGUUGCUCCGCAAUAUUAACUGCGGGGUGCAUGCGCCUAAAAUGGGCAUUAAUGGAUAAUUUAUAAUGUUAUUUAAUUUAACCAAACCUGAUUAAAAUCGUGUGUAUUUCGAAUAUAAUAAAGAUUAGUGAUAUCGAAUCGAAUCAACCAAAUAUUUGAUAGUAAGAGCACGUGCUAGGUAAGGCUAAGUGUUUUUUUAUAAAAAUGGCCCUAACGCCAGCGACUAAUGGUAAUGAUUAUUGUUGUUAGCUGUCUGUAAUACUGCGAUAUCUGAUUAUAUCACUACACUAGGUGUGCUGCGGAUUUACAUAGUUAAUGUAUUGUAGGAAUUUAAUAAUUUUAUUUUUAUGCUAUAUAGGGUAAUUCGCCAGUACUAAACAUGAAUUCUAUUCACCUAUAAACAGAAUUCAUUUUAGUAAGGUUUCAAUAACUGGCCACCUUAUACUAAAAUGAAUUCUAUUUAUAGGUGAAUAUUAUUCAUUUUUGGUUUGGGGUGGCCAGUUAUUAAAAGUGGCCAGUUACUGGCGAAUUACCCUACGUACGAUACGUACAAACACAUGAAAUAGGCAUUUUAAUCUUAAUUUAAACGCGAUUUUUUUUUAAUGCGAUUUGAAUUUAUUUACGAUUUUAAACACUUCUUGCCAUACCUACAUAUAAUUGCUAUAUAAAUCUGCAACACACUAUAUCUAUUAGUUGGAAUUGUUGAAUUAAUUACGGUUUUUUUACGAGGUUAGUCUCUCGCACUGAUUGCGGGUAAUACAGGAAUAAUGUAAAAUAUUACAAUAUCCGCUCACAGAGUAGGGAUUAAACCAGAUACGCCAGGAAUGAGGACCAUUUGGAUUGAAGUAAAAAUUUUGUGAUUUGUGUAGGUAUCUGUAUUUUUCCCUACUCUGCGCCUAAACUAAAGUACUCAAGUCAUGGCACUUUAAAUCUCGUCUGUCUUCAUGAAUAAAGACAAAUAAAUGUAUAUAAAUACGA